GAGCCGGUAGUAAUUUAGUAAACACGCCAUUUCUUUCUCAUUCCACCUACCCAAACCCAAGAAAAGGAGGAAAGACCAGUGAGUCAGUAUAUCUUCCCAAACCAGCAUCCCAUACUCCUCUCUGUUCGAGCUUCUGCGAAUGGCAUCAGAAUUAUCAGGAAAGCUUGUCCAACACACUCUGGUAGCAAGGUGCUGCCAGCAGAACCAAAAGUUCAGCACCCAAUACCGAAAGGACCAUUAUAACCUUACUAGGCAUAACCUUCGCUCCUCUUUUGCAAUGAAGUUGGCAUGGAAUGGCAACUCCACCAUGCAACCUUGUGCCUUGUCAAAAUUUAACCAGGCGAUUUUUUAUUGCAAUGCUGCACCAUCUAACACAUCUGUACUUUCUCGUGAACAGUUGGACUUUUAUAAGCUUCAGAAUGGAAGUGAUAUACGAGGUGUUGCUGUAGCUGGUGUUGAGGGAGAAGAUGUUAACCUCACAGAGCCAGUUACCGAAGCAAUAGCAGCAGCAUUUGCUGCAUGGUUGCUUGAUAAAAAGAAACAUGAUGGGUCUAGAUCAUUGAGAAUAUCUGUCGGUCAUGAUUCACGAAUUUCAGCAAAGAAGUUGCAGGAUGCUGUUUCUCUAGGACUUGCGCGUGCUGGAGCUGAAGUCAUCCAAUAUGGGUUAGCUUCAACACCAGCCAUGUUCUAUAGCACUCUUACAGAUAAUGAAGACUAUUUGUGUCCCGCUGAUGGAUCCAUCAUGAUAACUGCGAGUCAUCUUCCUUACAAUAGGAAUGGGUUUAAAUUUUUCACGAAUGCUGGAGGACUUGGAAAAUCAGACAUCAAGGAUAUCCUGGCUCGUGCUGUAAAUAUAUAUAAGAAGUUUGCUGAUGAAGAUUUGGUAAAUGCAGACCAGAAAACACCCCUUUCUUUCAGAAGGGUUGACUACAUGUCUGUUUACACAUCUAAUCUUGUAGCAGCUGUUCGUAGAACUGUGGGUGGUAUAGAAAAGCCGUUGGAGGGGUUCCAUAUAGUUGUUGAUGCAGGGAAUGGAGCUGGAGGAUUUUUCGCUGGAAAAGUUCUCGAGCCUUUGGGUGCUAUCACUUCUGGAAGCCAGUUCCUAGAGCCAGAUGGUAUGUUUCCAAACCACAUUCCUAACCCAGAGGAUAAGACAGCCAUGAAAGCAAUCACUCAGGCUGUACUGGAUAAUAAUGCUGAUUUAGGGAUCAUCUUUGAUACAGAUGUUGACAGAUCCGCUGCUGUUGAUUCAAGUGGUCGUGAGUUCAACCGGAACCGGUUAAUUGCUUUGAUGUCUGCUAUUGUUUUGGAGGAGUAUCCUGGCACAACAAUUGUGACCGAUAGUGUGACUUCAGAGGGCUUGACAACUUUCAUUGAAAAGAAAUUAGGGGGGAAACACCACAGGUUCAAAAGAGGCUACAAGAAUGUCAUUGAUGAAGCUAUUCGAUUGAACUCUAUUGGAGAGGGAUCACAUUUGGCUAUUGAAACCAGUGGACAUGGAGCUCUCAAGGAGAAUCACUGGCUUGAUGAUGGCGCAUACCUGAUGGUUAAGCUACUUAAUAAACUUGCAUUAGCGAAAGCAUCUGGAAAAGGUGGUGGUAGUGAAGUCUUAACCGACUUGGUAGAUGGUCUUGAAGAACCCGGUAUUGCUGUUGAAUUGAGACUGAAAAUUGAUCAGAAUCAUCCAGAUCUUAGAGGAGGAUCCUUCCGGGAUUACGGAGAGGUAGUUCUAAAACACUUGGAGGCUACUAUAGACGCUGCUGACUCAAACCUUCUUCAAAAGGCCCCUGUUAACUAUGAAGGGGUUAGAGUUGCUGGCUAUGGUGGGUGGUUCCUUUUGAGACUCUCCCUUCAUGAUCCUGUCCUGCCUCUUAACAUCGAGGCACCAAGCAAUGAGGAAGCUGUGAAACUUGGGAUUGUUGUCUUUGAAUCUGUGAAGGAUUUCAAAGCUAUUGAUGCCUCUGCAGUGCUUAAGUUUAUCCAAGUUUGAGAAGUUCUAGUAGAGAGGCUCCAUUCAUUGUUCAGGCUUUGGAGAGUGGGCCUUGAAGCUUAAGAGAAUGGGCUUUCACAAAUAUUCUUUUUUCCCUUAUUUUUUCAAUUUCUUUUUGUUUUAUUUCAUUGACUAAGUUUCACUGGCGUAUGAAUUUGAAGUGCGUACAUAUAAUGGGAAUGUAUUACUAGGGCAAGAUCCGGAUUGUCCAUACCUGAGAUUUGCCAAGUGAAAAUUGGAUAAAAUGUUUAGGAAUUCAAAAAUAGGGUUGCUAUGUUAUUUUCCUAAGUAGGACUACAUUAUUGUCAUCUUAAAAAUUUAGUGCCAUAUUUUGACAUUAUUGGGUUUAAAUAUCAUGGCAGUAAAUGGCAGUAUUUUU